UCCGGUCUCACUCAACCAGGGUAGUUGAGCUGAAAGGACCGCGCUCAACACAUCUCGACACCAUGGGACUCACACACGACCCAACCUUCCAGAAACUGGAGAAAUGGUACCAUGAACAUGCUCUGCACCUCAACAUGAGGAAGAUGUUUGAGGAAGACAAGGAGAGAUUCCACAAAUUCAGCACAACGCUGAAGACAGAUCAUGGAGACAUUCUGAUUGAUUACUCUAAGAAUCUCAUCACUGAGGAUGUCAUGAAGAUGUUGGUCGAACUGGGCAAGUCGAGGGGGAUUGAGGCCACCAGGGACAAGAUGUUCCAUGGAGACAAGAUCAACUUCACUGAGGGCCGUGCUGUGCUCCACGUGGCUCUGAGGAACCGCUCCAACCAUCCCAUCAUGGUUGACGGACAUGAUGUGAUGCCUGAGGUCAACAAAGUCCUGGAGAAGAUGAAGGGCUUCUGCCACAAAGUUCGCAGUGGCGAGUGGAAGGGCUGGACUGGAAAGUCCAUCACAGACGUUGUCAACGUCGGCAUUGGUGGAUCGGACCUGGGUCCUCUAAUGGUGACUGAGGCUCUGAAGAACUACUCCAAGGGAGGUCCCCGUGUGCAUUUUGUCUCCAACAUUGACGGCACACACAUCGCCAAAACCCUUGCUGAGCUCAAUGCUGAGACCACCCUGUUCAUCGUGGCCUCCAAGACUUUCACCACCCAAGAGACCAUCACCAAUGCAGAGUCUGCCAAGGAAUGGUUCAUUGAGCACGCUAAAGAUAAAUCUGCUGUUGCCAAGCACUUUGUGGCGCUCUCCACUGCCGGCCCUUUAGUGAAGGCCUUUGGCAUUGAUCCUGACAACAUGUUUGGCUUCUGGGAUUGGGUUGGUGGACGUUAUUCCCUGUGGUCUUGUAUUGGAUUGUCCAUUGCUCUGCACAUCGGCUAUGACAACUUUGAGAAGCUUCUAGAAGGGGCUCACUGGAUGGACAACCAUUUCAAAACAGCCCCUGUGGAGAAGAACGCUCCCAUGCUCCUGGCUCUGCUGGGUGUCUGGUACAUCAACUUCUUCCAGGCCGAGACCCACGCCAUGCUGCCUUAUGACCAGUACAUGCACCGAUUCGCUGCCUACUUCCAGCAGGGUGACAUGGAGUCCAAUGGAAAGUACAUCACUAUUCAUGGCAAACGUGUCAACUACCAUACUGGCCCCAUCGUAUGGGGAGAGCCUGGCACCAACGGACAGCACGCCUUCUACCAGCUCAUUCACCAAGGAACUCGCAUGGUCCCCGCUGACUUCCUCAUCCCUGCCCAGACACAGCACCCCAUCAGGGAAAGUAAGCACCAUAAGAUCCUGAUGGCCAACUUCCUGGCCCAGACUGAGGCUCUGAUGAAAGGAAAGACCACAGAGGAGGCUAAGAAGGAACUGGAGGCCGGCGGCCUGACAGGAGAGGCUUUGGAAACCAUUCUGCCACACAAAGUAUUCCAAGGAAACAAGCCAACCAACUCUAUUGUUUUCAAAAAGCUGAACCCAUUCACACUGGGAGCACUUAUUGCCAUGUAUGAACACAAGAUCUUUGUCCAGGGUGUUAUGUGGGAGAUCAACAGUUUUGACCAGUGGGGAGUUGAGCUGGGUAAGGCUUUGUGUAAGAAGAUCGAGCCUGAGCUGCAUGGCUCCAACGAGGUCCACUCUCACGACUCCUCCACCAACGGGCUCAUUAACUUUAUCAAGAAGAACCACGCCUAACCUGCCCACCACCGUCAUCCAUCCUCCCUGUCCUGCCCCCCUGCUGAUGGGGGUGUCUGGGCUGUAGUGAAGGUAGACUCACUGCAGCAUCAGUCACCAUGCAGAGGAGUAGAAGCACUUUCUAUGUCUGUAAUCAUCUGUCUGCAUCCUGUCUGUUUGUUGUGACAUCGGACUGUAUUUUACGUACUGUUGUAUGUUUAAGCAAUAAGGCCCGAGUCGGUGUGGUAUAUGGCCAAUAUACCACGGCUAAGGGCUCUUAGGCGAUACGCAACGCGGAGUGCCUGGACACAGCUCUUAGUCGUGGUAUAUUAGCCAUAUACCACAAAUCCCUGAGGUGUCUUAUUGCUAUUAUAAACUGGUUACCAACAUAAUUAGAAGGGUAAAAAUAAAUGUUUUUUCAUACCCGUGGUAUACUGUCUGAUGUAUCACGGCUGUCAGCCAAUCAGCAGGGGAGUGUAAACUACAUCCCAGACUAUCCCACUCCACUUAUGGGGAGUAAAGCUUUUAAUUAACAUCUUUACACCAAUCUAUUGUCUGUGUCCUUAGUUGAUUCUAGCCUGCAUUCUGUUCAGAAGUUUGCUGUUGCAGACAAUCCUAGAGGAUAAUGAUGCAUUUAUGUAUGAAUAAUGGAAACCACUUUCAAACCACACUCUCAAUAAAUCCAAUGAGUUUUACUCAUAGGGGAAUGAAAGUGUUCCUUUAUGUCCAAACCAUCACUAGAUGGCAUUAGAGGACCCCAGAUUUGGCCCAGUAUAAACCAAACCAGCCUCAGAGCAAAUCACUGCUGUGCUUAUUCUCUGGAACACAGGGUCAGAGGUCAAUCUAUCUCCUAUAUUUUCCAUCCCCACAAAUCCCCAGACAUCACAGACUGUUAAGUAGCAUCCAUACUCAGAGAAAAACAAACAGCAUGCAGAAAUACAUCUGGAAAACAUCAUAUGAUAUGCAGGCCCCUCAAUGUGAGACAGUUUAAUCAUCAUUAAGCUCUAUGAUAUGUGACUAAAACUCCAUUAAACAAAAUACUCUGUGAAUUUCAAACAAA